UUGCCCAGCUUUCGCCCUGCACAUUUGUGGUUUUCGGGGACACAUUAGCAACCAAUGGUUUUAGCUCUCGGUGGCCCAAGAGUUGCCAAAGCGGCUAAGAGUCAUCUGAAAAGUCUUUUACCCUGAAUCGCUCUGAAUCAGAAGGCCACCUGAUUUCUCCUGCGGUACUUGGCAAAUUUGCACCUCCCUCUCGUCCUGGUCCAGCUGCAUGGGAAGUGCUAAGGAAGAACACGGGCGCCCAACAGUGAGGAGAUGGUAAAGGCGUCCAGAGGAUAAACUUAAAGAUUGAUCCUACAGACCAAGCCGAAAGAAGAAACUGAAAGUACACUGCCGGCUGAUCCUACGGAAGUUAUGGAAAAGGCAAAGCACAGAGCCAGGCUGUGAUGUGUGCCGCCCCUCCUGGGAUGGAUGAAACAACAGGCGCGCCGCGGGUGAAAGAAACCAGCUGCAGAGACUGGCCUAUCCAGCGCGGACUUGUGUCAACUCCGCGGAAGACCAUAGUCCUGGGAGUGAUUAUGGGUGAGAGCGUGCUCCUGCUGCAGUUGCGGUCAUCAUGACUACGCCCACCUCCCGCAGACAAUGUUCCAUGUUUCUUUUAGGUAUAUCUUUGGAAUUCCUCCCUUGAUCCUUGCUCUGUUACCAGUAACUUCAUCUGAUUGUGAUAUUAAAGGUAAAGACGGUAAAGAAUUUGAGCAUGUUCUAAUGAUCAGCUUCAAUGAAUUGGAAAAAAUGAUAGAAGUUGAUAGCGACUGUGUAAACAAUGAAUCUAACUUUUUUAAAAGACAUUCAUGUGGUGAUUCAAAGGAAGCUGCUUUUCUAAAUCGUGCUACUCGCAAGUUGAACCAAUUUCUUAAAAUGAAUAUGAGUGAGGAUUUCAAACUCCACUUAUCAAGAAUUUCAGAAGGCACAUUAAAAUUGUUGAGCUGCCCCAGCAAGGAAGAAAAAAAUUUAAAGGAACAGAAAAAGAAUGACCCAUGUUUUCUAAAGACAUUACUACAAAAGAUAAAAACUUGUUGGAAUAAAAUUUUGAUGGGCAAUAAAGAACACUGAAAAGUAUGGAGUGGCAAUAUAGAAACAUAAAAAUAUUUCAAGAAUGGAUCUGCUAAUGCAAUUUUUCAGGAUAGAAAGCCUCCUAGAAGUUACUGAAUGCAUUCUGAUAAGAAUGAUCGAAAGGAUUGAGAAAUCCAUAUUGUAGUACCAGAAGAUGUACAUAAACAAUGGAAGCUGAAUGCUGCAAUCAACAAACUAUUUCAUAUGUAUGUGGACAUAUGUCAUUUGAUACUGAGGGUGUACUGAUUUUGUAAGACAAUCAUGUAAGGUAUUGGCUGCAAUAAUACUUUCUAAACCUGUAUGAAUAUUUCAGGAGAAAACAUCAAAUCUAUGAAGUAUAUAAAGUUUAUAAAGAUUCAAAAUUAAAAUCGUUUUGUUAUCAAAGCAAUUCUAUGACCCACUGUGCAUAUGUGUACUGUAUUAUGAGUGGAAAUUGUCAGCUUCUAUACUGGAGAUGUGUUAGAGUUAACAGCGAUAUAUGGAUAAUGCUCAGAGAACAAAGUAUUCUAUACCUUGAAAAACAGCAUCAUAAAGAAGUCCAAGAUACUUAAGAGAGAUCUGAAGAGAUUGUAAUUAAAUAUGAAUGUAUAACACAGUGCCUUCAAUAACAGUAUAACAGGGGCUGGGCUUGUG